CUGAAUAAUUCACAACCAAUGCCCCUGAUGGGUUGGGGACGGAACCAGAAAGCGAAUGGUUGCAGUUCCAGUGGAAGGCUUUAGUUUUUGUUUGGUCAGAUUAAAUUAACCAGGUCAUAUGAUUGAGCGCUAGUUAAAACAAAAACAGGAGUGUUAGCGUGAAACAUUUGGCAGUGGCUGCAAUCUGGAUCGACUGUACAGAGCGACGCCAGGACAGUCACAGCCUGUUCCCCCACCCUUUUAACACACACAUUCCCAGCACAGCCGCCAAGAGACCAGACUCUGCAGCCCCGCUCUGCCAUCGCCAUGGGCUUGACCCCGAUGGGCUCCCAGCUCCGAACACUUUACCUGCUCACUUUCCUCGUGUCAUGCAUUGGGAGCCAUCCUAAUGAGGGGUCUGCAGCAGCUGGACAGAUACAUCUUUAUUCCGUGAGUCAGUUGGACUCUGAUAUCCCACAAGACAUUGCUGCUGAUGAGACUGAACCGGUAACAUUGGAGGAUGAUUCAUUGGAUCAACUAGAAGAUUUGCCAUUUCACUUCCCUGUGCCAGAGGUUGCCCCAUCAGAUUAUUCCGAUGUGGUUUGGUGGUUUACAUCUUGUGGAGCUAGUGGUCCCAAUGGCCCCACUCAGGCCCAGUGUGACAAUGCCUACCGCCACACUAAUGUCUCUGUAGGUCUACAAUCAGAGGGUCCACUCAAGGGCAUCCAGAUAUGGCAGAUCCCUGCCACCAGCAAAUACGUGGUCUCUGCUUAUGGAGCUGCUGGAGGAAAAGGAGCCCGGAACAGCAACAAGAGGUCACAUGGAAUUUUCAUCUCAGCCAUUUUUCAUCUAGAGAAGGGUGACCUACUUUAUAUCCUGGUUGGACAGCAAGGAGAAGAUGCCUGUCCAGGGAAAGACGAGAUGACUCAGAAGAUCUGCUUGGGAGAAUCUUCCAUCAUCGAAGAUGAAUACAACGCGAAUAAUGCCAUGUCAGAAUGGGCCGGAGGAGGAGGUGGUGGCGGAGGGGCAACUUAUAUCUUCAAGAUGGAGAAUGGGGUUUCAGUGCCACUGUUGAUUGCUGCAGGCGGUGGUGGUAAAGCGUAUUUGGAGGACCCAGAUGCCAUAAUGGAUGAUCUGAUGGUGGAGCAGUAUGAAAAUGAUACGUCAGUGUCUGGAUACAAUGGACAACAAGGGGCAGCAGGUGGAGGUGGAGGUUGGAAUGACAUCACCAAACAUCCUUGGGCAGGGAAGUCCCUGAUGGAAGGUGCCAGUGGGGGCAGUGCGUGUCCCAAGGCUCUGAAGAAGCUGAAGUGGGCAACUCAUGGAGGCUUCGGAGGGGGUGGUGGGGCUUGUACAUCGGGAGGAGGAGGUGGUGGAUACAGAGGAGGUGAUGCGUCAUUAGCUGAUGGGAUCACAGCGAAUGGCUACGAUGGGAUUUCAUUUGUCAAUCCAGCUGGAGAGAUCUACCUUCACCCAUUGGCAGCCAUGGAAAGUCACGGGGAAGCUGAAAUUCGGAUCCAUAUCAACUGCAGCCAUUGUGAAUCAGACAACUGUGAACGGGACCAAGAGUCCAAGAAGAUAGUAUGUCUGUGCCUCGGUGGGAAAGUUUUAGCCAAAGAUAAUGUUACCUGUACAGUUCCUGGAAGUGCCAUUCAAGAAAGCCAUCUUCCUUUCUCCCUCAUAAUUGUCGUGGUUACGUCCACCAUUGUUACUGGUGUAGUUCUAACCUGUGCUGGACUUGCUCUCAUUUACUAUCGCAAGAACAACCGGUUCCAGGCAGUGAGGGUGAAACUGCAGAGCCCAGAAUACAAGCUGAGUAAGAUCAGAACCUCGACCAUUAUGACCGAUUACAAUCCCAACUACUGCUUUGCUGGCAAGGUGGCAUCCCUCAAUGAACUCAAGGAAGUGCCCAGGAAAAACAUCUCCUUGCUGAGGGCUCUUGGUCAUGGUGCGUUUGGUGAAGUCUAUGAGGGCCACGUGGUUGGACUUGGUGGAGAGUCUGCCCCUUUGCAAGUGGCAAUCAAGACUCUUCCAGAAGUCUGCUCUGAGCAAGAUGAAAUGGAUUUCCUGAUGGAGGCUUUGAUUAUCAGCAAGUUUAACCAUCAGAAUAUUGUCAGAUGUAUCGGUGUGAGUUUGCAAGCUUUGCCUCGGUUUAUUCUUCUAGAGCUCAUGACCGGAGGAGACAUGAAGACUUUCCUUCGUGAAAACAGGCCCAAAGCUACGCAUGUAUCGACAUUGACAAUGCUAGACCUUCUGAACAUGGCCAAGGACAUAGCUUGUGGCUGCAAAUACCUGGAAGACAAUCACUUUAUACACAGGGACAUUGCAGCAAGAAACUGUUUACUAACCUGCAGUGGACCCAGGCGAGCAGCCAAAAUUGGAGAUUUCGGGAUGGCUCGAGAUAUUUAUAGGGCAAGCUACUACAGAAAAGGUGGACGUGCCAUGCUGCCAGUCAAGUGGAUGCCUCCAGAGGCUUUCCUUGAAGGAAUCUUCACCUCCAAGACAGAUACAUGGUCAUUUGGUGUAUUGCUGUGGGAGAUUCUGUCACUUGGAUACAUGCCAUACCCCUGCAAAAGCAAUCAGGAAGUCCUGGAGUUUGUAACGAGUGGUGGAAGAAUGGAUCCACCCAAGAAAUGCCCAGGCCCUGUGUAUCGCAUUAUGACCCAGUGUUGGCAGCACCGACCAGAGUACAGGCCUGAUUUCUCCACCAUAUUGGAAAGAAUUAACUACUGCACACAAGAUCCAGACAUUGUCAACACCCUCCUCCCCAUUGAGUACGGCCCAACGGCAGAGGACGAAGGGAAUACGGUGAUGCGGCCUGACAGCUCUGGUGGUGUGACCCCACUGCUGAGGGUCAGCUCGGGUCUCACCCCUCAUGCUGCCAGUCAGAUGGUGGAGUUCCUGCAAUCUGGAUCGAAGCUCCAACACCUUCAGGAGUUUCCAAAGGGAGAGAGCUUUGGUGCCAAGAUGGAGAGCAGCCAUCAGAUGGCCCCUGUCGGUGGCCACUGGCUUUACUAUGAAGCUGGGGCCGGUCACUCCUCCGAGGCUAAACCUCAGCAGGAGCAGAGGCAGAUCAACCAGACCAAAACCUUGUGGAACCCCACUUAUGGAUCCUGGGUCUCUGAGAGUUACCAGAGAGCAGUGGCACUCUCUGAGGUGGCAGAGAAGCCACUGAACGUCCCUGAGAGAGAAGAUUCGGGCUUGGAUUGCAACAGCAGCUCUCCACCAAGCUCCCGGGAAUCCCCUUCCCCAGAUAGCCACUGCCCAGUUGGAGAAGUUGGAGGCCAGUCUCUUCUGAAAACUCCAAGCUUCCCCUGCGGAAACAUCAACUAUGCUUAUGAUGACCUGGGCUGUGAUAUAGAGGGUGCGCAGCUACCAUCGGAUGCAGGUGAGGAGGAUGGUUCCAGGCAGAAAAUACCAGCUGUCAACAAGGAAAUGCAUUGCCUUUGCAACCCAGAGAAGUCAGCAAGAGAUCGUGACUCAGGCCUGUCACUGUCAGAAGACCUCAGUAUCACCUCUGUAUAAGGAUCUGAGACACAUGCCAGAUUGCCUGGAUCUGCUCAGUUCAGUUCAAAUCCAUAAGAGGCAAAGAGACACAAUUCCAUUUGACACUGUACCUAGAUUGGAUUGCGAGCUCCUCCAAGGCCAGGAAAUCUUGAUGGGGCUCAAGGUUGGAAAUAAGCAAUCUCAUCAGAUUGGAAAGCCAUUAAAAGUCUAGACAGGAUUCACUCCGUUCAUUUCUCUUUGAUAUUAUUGACUUGAUAGGAAGAGUAUGUAGCCUAGAAGAUUUCUAAUCUGUAGCAGUUUCCACUUUGGUCCUCAAAUCCCCCUCCUCAUAAAUUGAACUCUUGGCUAAGUGCCAUUUUCUCUAUGGAACAGCCCAGCAAAGAACUGAUUAAUCCGAUUGACUCGUUGUGGUCAGUCCAAAUGCCAGAAGAUGCUAGAAUUUACAUUUCUGACACCAGCAAUGCGAGAGUGGGCAAGGGCUAGUUCUUUGAAGUCAUUGACUUAUUUUAAUAGGGGAGAUCCAAUGUUCUGAUGGUACAGAUUGGGAUUACAGUUCAUGUUGAAAGUCCAACACUGGAACCAUUGAAAUACCUCGACCAACUAUUUCCCAAUUUUUCGCACCAGUUUUAAAGAGUUGUCCAUCUGAAAUCAUUAUGAGCUGCAGCUUUAUCCCUGGUUAUCACCCCUAGGUGUACUUUGAGAAUCAUUGAGAGACAUGCAUCUUGUAUCCCUGCAACCCGAAGAAAUAUACUGGGGAGAAACGUCACUUAUUAACAGAGGAUUCAUGAAGAAACUGCAUUGAUGCUUUUUGGUAUCAUCUAGUGUCAGAAAGAAAUGCUACAACUUGAUUUUUGCUGUGUUCCCCUUCGAAGACUGGUCUUUGUAGAAGUGUCCAGUUUUUUUUGUUCAGUAUUUUUUGAUCUGAAAUGAGAAUUGGAGUGGGGGAGUGAUUUGAACAACAAUUGGGAUGGGGACUAUGUAACUGAGUAUUUGUCUGAUGUUCCUAUAGUUUGACACAAGCUUCUCACCUUAACCAUCCAAUUCCAUUCAGCAUCUCCUAACCACCAAUCCCUCCCCCCCCCUCCACCCCUCCCC